AUGGACUUGAAGGCAGCAUACAACAAUGCUACAACCACGAGCAGCUCCUUGCAGACUACACCGCUCCAUGAUGCUAAGAACGGCAAGUCGUGGUUUGUCAAGCCAUGGACCAGCUUUCAGGCAGCAGCGUCGUUGCCAGACAAAGUCCCUGGAUACGAGCGCGUGCAUGUCAUCAAGAGGACAUAUUUCACGAUAUCAUUGUUCACACAGCUGAGGGACUUGAAUAGUUCUCAAGAGAUAUUCGUGAAGUCCGCCAGACACCUGAUAUCAAUCAUUCUCAGCGAAGCUUUGAACUUCGUUCCCUUCAUGCCGAAGAUCGUCAACACACCAGUGGACGGCGCUACUUACACGGGGCUGGAAAUGACAGAUGUCGAGAACUUGUGCGUGGUGAGCAUUCUUCGCGCUGCCGACAGCAUGGCGGACCACAUUUCGCACCACCUGCCUGGGUUGCCUGUUGGGAAGAUUCUCAUUCAAAGGGACGAAAAGACAGCCAAGCCGAAUGUCUUCUUCAAGAAGUUUCCCAAGAACAUACAAGCGAAGCGAGUAAUCUUGGUCGACCCUAUGCUAGCUACAGGGGGGAGUGCAGCAGAAGCUAUCCAGAUAUUGAAGGAUGAUGGUGUACCGGAACACUGUAUCCUCAUGGUUUGCAUAGUCGCAGCAGAUGAAGGGCUGCAGCUUCUCACCAAGAGGUUUCCUCAGGUUCGAAUCGUUUGCGGGGAAAUCGACAGGGGAUUGAAUAGCCAGAAGUACAUCGUUCCUGGAUUGGGAGAUUUUGGGGAUAGAUUCUUUGGCACAAACUGA